AUGGCUCAGGAACGGGGCAACAGAAAGAUGAUCACCAUCCUUAGCAUCGACGGAGGUGGGAUCAGAGGAAUCAUCCCUGCCACCAUUCUUGACUUCUUGGAGAAGGAACUCCAGGUACGUUGGAGCAAGAGCUGACUUUCUCUCCCCAAAGUCAAACAUUUUCACCAAGAAUUCUUUCGUCUACCCUUUCUUCGAUAUGGAAGAGGGAAUUUUAAUUUCUUCACUCAAAUGUAGACCAACGUAUGAUUACUUCCAUUUUCAACCAAAAACAAAAGUAUAAGAUCUUCGACGGCCACGAUGGAUAUACACGAGGAUAGUGGAAUAAUCUUCCCACUCUCCCAAGAAUGACAAAAGAACUGUCCAAGAGAGCGAGAGAACGAGCGAGAGAGGGAGAGAUAGAUGGAUAGAGAGAGAGAGGGAGAGAGAGAAGAGAAGCUGAGAGAGAGAAAGAGAGGUUAAGAUGGGGAACUGGCACGUCUAGUCGUGGCAAAAUCGUAGUAUUUUUAUCAUUAUAUGGCACUACCCAUUCCCGGAAACGAAAAUAUGGCGUAAAUCUUCCUACAUAGAAAUUUCCGUGGAGAUGUUCAAAAUAAAGACAAAUUUUAUUCCACUGACCUGAAACAGGCGCUGGACGGAGAGGAUGCAAGGCUCGUGGACUACUUCGAUGUGAUCGCAGGGACAAGCACUGGGGGCCUCGUGACGGCCAUGCUGACAGCUCCUAAUGAACAAGGUCGCCCCCUCUUUGCAGCCAGUGAUAUCACGCCUUUCUACCAAGAACACUGCCCCAAGAUCUUUCCCCAAGUCAGGUAACUACUGACAAUUAGUAGCUGAUGAUUUGAUGAUAUGACGAAUCGAAACAAAGUUUUGUACAAACUUUUCUGAAUGGGUAAUAUAUGGUGCGUUCUACCAUUUUGAGAAACGGACUUUUGUUCCUUUUCUGAUCUAUCUUGGUCAAUAUUAUUUGUAGAGUUAUGUUCAACUUGAAAUUGAGUUAGUGGAGAUUCCUAAUCAAUAUUUUAUUUGAUUAACGCACUCUUCAAUUUUCUUUCUUCUCUAAAAAUCAAUAAGAUGAAUUUUACACUUCCAGAAGGAUCAAGUUUAAUUUACUCUUCAAGUUAGAGAUUGUAAAAGUUUUGUUUAACGAAUUUCACUAAUAUUUUAUUCCCAUGAGAACUAAAAACUUCAUCUUCCUCAAACAAACGAAUCGUUCAAAACACAUCAGAAGGGAUUACUGAAGCUGUUUCUUCAUUAAUGAUGAUCAGUGCUGGGCCAUUCACCGGAAUUGUCAAGACGGUCAAACAGCUUUUUGGUCCUAAGUAUGAUGGAAAAUACCUCUACAAGAUGAUACAGGAGAAACUCGGAACGACAAAGGUGCACGAAACAUUGACCAACGUAGUCAUCCCGACAUUCGAUAUCAAGUAUCUCCAACCCAUUGUAUUCUCCAGUUUUGAGGUUUGAACUUCACCCGGCGUACUAAUUUUGUUCUAUUAUUAUUAUUUCUCUCUUUUGUUUUUGGUUCUCCAUUUGGAUCGUUACCUUCCUCUUAUUAUAGAUGCCUUAAGAGAAUAGCGAUUUGAUCGGCCGCGUUUGACUUUUCCGAUUAGGCAGCAGUAUGUCAUCCAGCCGAUAAGAUAUUCGUGUGGGGACUCGCAGUUUCAGUAAUUGAUAAUAUAGACGCAUGAUUAACUACGACUAUUAAUACGAUAGUGACCUAUAUAUUAACAAAAGUUUUGACGUGAAAACCCUUUUGGAUGACCAUGACAAUGGCAUCACGGGAUUGAGACGUUCUUUUGAACAAAUGUAUAAAGACAAAAUAAGGGUGGACCCGUCGCCCGAGGCCUCAUGGGGUCCUUCCUGUUACCCCUGUCCUGACUCCUUCGCCCUCCCUAGUCACGGCAGUACGGAUCAUUGCUCUGGCUACGGAAGGGUUCGGGUCAAACAUCGUUCCUUCGGAUCUGUGCCGUAUGAAAUAUGCCAGGGCUUCUUGUGCCCCCCGGCCUAUUAUUCACAGAAGAAAAUAGUUACCCUCCCGAUGAUACCAGGGGGUGUGCUCUGAUUACAUGUGGCCUUAAUCAUGAGUGGGAAUGCAUACAGCUGAAGAACGACAAAUACUUGGAUGUGAAGCUCUUAGACGUCACCAUCAGCACAUCAGCUGCCCCCACGUACCUCCCUGCUCACCGCUUCACGGCACAUGGAAAGGAGUACAAUCUCAUUGACGGAGGCGUGGCCGCCAACAAUCCGGUAUGGUAUUUAUUCAUCAAGUACGAUGAAUCUAUUGCUUCCCGUAGUGAUCCUCAUGUAACUUCAAGUGUAUCUCACAGGCACUGCUUGCAAUGAGAGAGAUUACGAAGGAGCUUUACAGGGAGAACCCCGCCUUCUUCCCCGUAAAGCCGCUGGACUAUCGAAAAUUUCUACUUAUUUCACUUGGCACAGGCACGCAGAAACAGGAGGAAAAAUAUAACGCCGAGAAGGCCAGCCGUUGGGGUGCACUAGGGUGGAUUCGCAACGGCGACUCAAACCCCCUGAUCGACGUUUUCAGCCAAGCGAUAGUUGACAUGGUCGAUAUCCACAUCUCCGUUGUCUUCCAGGCUCUAAAUUCUGAAAAUAAUUAUUUGAGAAUUCAGGUAAACCGACAAUUUUGUAAUUUUACUUCACAGAGAAAUCAGAUCACAUUCCAAUAUUAAUAUAUUAUGGCCAUCUAGACUGCAUAGUAUGUAAGCCCACACACACACACACACAGUAUAGAAAUCUCUGUGUGCGUGUGAGAGAGAGAGGUUUAAUUGUUGGAUUCAUAAGCUAUAGUAUAAAAUGCAGGACGACACGCUCUCCGGGGACGCUUCUUCGGUGGACAUCUCGACAAAGGAAAACCUAGAUAACCUUAUCGACAUUGGAAAAAAGCUGCUCGACAAGCCAGUUUCCAGGGUCAACCUUGAUACUGGCCGGAAUGAACCCGUGGGAAACGAGACAAACAGGGGCGCCCUUAAAAGGUGA